AUGGGCAACCGGAACCGCAGCGUGAGCAUGGCCGUGCCGUCGAAUGCACCUCCGAGCAAGAAACAUCGGGCGUCGGACGACGAGCUCGAGCAAGCGACGCCUCCUUGUGCCUCAGCACCGUGUGCGUCGUUGUCGACCAAUGAGACGGACGCAGCGGCUGCUGCGAGUGCUGGAGGUCGAGGGGAUAAAGUGAGUGAUGGGACGGACGUUCCGGACGUGGAAGAAGACGACCAAAAUGGAGAUGCUCAGUCAUCGUUACUGACUUCGAUGCUGUCGUUUGGACGCGACAUGAAUGGAUCGGAUGACGAUAGUGACGUCAGUGAAGAGGCGUUCAGCAACUGGCUUGUCGAACAAAAAAGCGCCGGCAUGCCUGCGUGUCAAAUGCUUGAUGCGCUCGGAUUAGGCGUGUCGGAAGGCGUUGCUGUGGACGACGAUGAACUGUGGCAAGUCUUGCUUUCCAUGGGUAUUCGACUCGUGAAGCCGUCACUUACGCGACCACGUGGUAAACUAGAUACGGUCAACACACUGCAAGAUGUGGCAUCGCUGCUGCGAUCGAGCAAGAAGAUUGUGGUACUUGCAGGUGCAGGCAUCUCUGUGUCUUGUGGCAUUCCCGACUUUCGCUCCGAAAAUGGCAUUUACAGCCGCCUUAGCGAGUACAACUUGCCAAACCCCCAGUGCAUGUUUGACAUUGAGUUUUUCCGGUCGAAUCCUCGACCCUUCUUUGCAUUUGCAAAAGAGUUGUUUCCCAAAUCCAGCGGUUUUACGUUUGUGCCGUCUCGGAGUCACUACUUUUUGAAGCUACUGGAGGAGAAGGGUAAGCUGCUACGAAUUUACAGUCAGAAUAUUGACAUGUUAGAGCAAGCAGCAGGCAUUUCGCACGAACAUGCUGUGCUUUGCCACGGCUCCUUUGCAACAGCCACGUGUCUGGCGUGUAAACAAGUGUAUCCAAGCGAGGCGAUUCGUGGUGAGGUGCUCAACCAACGAGUGCCGAUGUGCAAGUCGUGUAAUUCGCCGGGUGGAAUUGUAAAGCCUGAUAUCGUGUUUUUUGGUGAAUCGCUACCCCGGCGUUUUCAUGACUCCAUAAAGAGUGAUGAAGGCGAGGCAGAUCUCGUGCUUGUCAUGGGUUCAUCACUCAAGGUGAAUCCCGUGCGCAGCAUCGUAGGUCGGUUCAAAAAGGACACGCCCAUGAUCUUGAUCAACAGAGAACCAGUGGGACGUCCGCACAAGUUUGACGUAGAGCUGCUAGGAUAUUCAGACGAGAUUGUGCAGGAGCUGUGUCGAUUGCUUGGAUGGGACAUACCAGAGCCUGACUUGGCACUUCUGGGUCAGUCCAAUCUUGCUCCACCAGCAGUGGCACCUUCAAGUACUCUCGCACCCUUGUCGUUCGAGUUCGUCCAUCCAUCAAGAUACUUGUUCAACGGUUCCAAGUCAACAUAUUGCAGUUCGAGCGACGGUGGUGGCAGCAGCUCCUCGAGUGAGGACGGGACAAGUGGAGGACAGGACAUGAAUUCUAGCGCAGAUGACAUGGCCGUAGCGAUAGACGCUGGCGACGAGGAGAGAGCACCGUCCACCGAUGACCUGGUCGAAGGCGACCAAGACGAUUUGAUGGGAAGUGGAAACGAGCUGUUGGGGUCUACGAGUUUUGACGACAACUGA